AUGGCUGCCACCCUUGUCUCAUCUCGUCCAAGCGCUUCUUAUCAUCUGACCCAGUCUUUCCGGGCGCUGUCGCCGUCCAAAAGACAAACCUCCACUCCUUCACAGUGCACCUCAACCUGCGAUCCUGUCCAAAGUGAAGUGAACGAUGGAUGUCCUAUUACCGCAUGCUGCACCCAGUCCUUUGAAACAAGCUACUACGACUGCCUCUUAUGCGUUGGCACUGCAGAUAAUGCUACAGAUUACUCACAGGCACAAACCGAUCUAGACAACCUCUACGUCGCUUGCUACAAUAACGGUUAUUCACUCCAAGAGCUCACUUUCCCUGGUCAAAACCCAUCACGUACUCUCUCAACUUCUUCCCCUGCUGGAACUCCUACCAGUACUUCACCUGCGUCCGUGUCGGUACUUACAUCAGUGUCGGCACCUACGUCCAUCUCACAGACCACUAUAUUGCCUUCAAGUACUUCGCCCGCCUCCUCUGGGACGUCGACCUCUGCCAACGGCACUGCGACUUCGUCCACGUCCACGCCUACUAGUACAACCUCAAGUGCUGCGCUGGGGCUAAGCGUAGGAGGAAGCGGGGUCUGGGCUUUGGUUACUGCUGCUAUAGGGUUGAUCGUGUUGCGGAGUAACUGA